CGGGCCGCGCCGCCCGUGGGCCUCCGCGCCGCGCUCCGGCGGAGCCCCCGGCCAUGGCUGCGGCCCAGGUGCAACUGACCUUUGAAGAUGUCACCAUCUCUUUCUCCCGGGAGGAGUGGGAGGUUUUAGCUGAGUGGCAGAAGGAACUGUACCGAGAGGUGAUGAAGGAGAAUUGUGCCAGUCUGAUCUCACUGGGGUAUCAGUUUGAGAGUCCUGCCAUUUUAUCGCAGAUUGACCCAGAGGAAGAGCCGGGCCUCUCGGAUCAGCUGGAUCUGAAAGGAAAAGAAUCACCUGCGUGUGAGUAUGCUCUCGGGGUCCAGCUCGAGGUGGAGAGGCAUGACGAAGGGUAUGAUGUAAGCCUGGGACAAGUCAGUAUAUUACCUGGGGACUCUAAGGAGCAGGCCUUGCAGACUUCCGUCAAGGCAGAAGACUGCCCAAGUGAGAGCAGUGUCUCCAAGCAGAACAAGAGGCUGCCCACGACGUUAGCUCUGUCCAGCCUGAGUGACAGGAGGUCAGCUCCAAUCCCAAAUCCCUUGGGGUGGGACAAGAGGAAAAAGACCCAACGGGAGAAGCACUUCUCAAAGCAUGCAGAUCCGGACCGUCACCAGCUCGCACAUGCAGAGUGGACCCGCGUGUGCGCUGAGUAUGGGAAAUGCUUUGCUCAAAAGCGAGACCUGGCAGUGCGCCUGAGAGUCCACACAGGGGAGAAGCGGUUUAAAUGCACCAAGUGCAAGAAGUGCUUCGCUCAGAAGCAACAGCUGCUCAGGCACCAGGAGACCCACGUAACCAAGCCACCGUGCCUGUGCAGAGAGUGCGGGAGACAUUUUCAAGCCAUUUGUGAUCUUCGGCGCCACCAGGUCACUCAUGCAAGAAAAACGCCGGUCUCGGUGAUCAUGGUUCCAACGUUCACGUUUCCUGUUGUGCGUUACAAUAAAACAAGCCAGGAGGCUUAAUCCGCUGAGCAGCAAGUUGCACAGAAAGAACAAAAAUGCAACAUCUCGUUGCACGAGGGGAAAACUUACCCGACAAAUGGAAACGCAUCAUGGGCCCAAGAUAGGAACAGCGUCCAAAAAGUGUAAGAAGUAUUCCCACACCCAUCUGAUGGGAUCGACACUUUUACGCCCAUUGUUCAAUCCAGCCUUAGUCUGACGUCCUGGAUAACACAGGUCAUAGAAAAUCCGCACAGUGAUUCCUGCUGAUGUCCAAGAAGGUUUAGAAUCUAUCUCUCUCCCCCUUACCUGGUCUAGCACUGGAGAACUAAACGGAGUCAAAGUAGUGGACAUCUUUGUCGUUAAAGUCGGCCGAGAGGACUGUGAAAACGUGUGUGCACACACACAGAUCAGUCACUUAGGAAAGUCUCCAGGAAUUGCUUUGUGACCUUCAGGGUGGUGCGGUGCUUCAGCUGUCUUCUGAUAGACAUGAGGUGAUGCAACAUGUGCUGAGGUGUUAGAGCUGAUGGAGCCACCAGGCUUUUAGGAUCUCCAGGCAAUUUUUUAAAAAGUCGAGGAGCACUGAAUAGCAAUUCCUAAUGCGAGGGUGAGCUUUCUACUGCUAGGCUGCCAGUUUAAAUCUCGCUGGGGUUGAUAGUGAUGGAAUGUGGCCUAUGGGAAAUGAGUAUGCUGGGUCUCAGCCAUUUUACCAGUAGACAGAUCUCCAUGUACCCUUCCUAAAUUGGCCCCCUUCCUGGUAUUCCCAGCAGAGAGGCUGAGGUUUGAAUGAGUUGUGCAGAAUUACUGGUCCUGCCUGCUAGAACUGGACUUCCCCAGAUCAAGAGCAUGGCUUGCGUUGCUUGCGCCACGCUAUGUACAUGCUCUGGGAAUAGAGGAAGCCUGUCUCCUGGGCUGUCACCUUCUCCAGCACCACGCUGACACACGCAAACAUUCAGACACUUUUAAAAAAAAUCUUGUGUGAAGUUUAUGUGCCUGGUGCUUCUCUGAGCCAGGCAUGGGCUUGAUCUUCCUGUCCUUGCAUCUCCUCCUCUCUGGGAGCUUGGAAGGCCCAAGAACGGCUGGCAUCAGCGACGGCGUUGGGUGUGUGCCGGCAGACUUCACUCGGAAUGCACACUACUCGUUCACUGGUGUGAAGAGCAAUGGCAGAAACCAGUGUGUCUCUCUCGUGGUGAGAGAAGGGAUUUAUUGCAUUGUUGUCGCAUGGGGUAGAACCGUCCAGCAGUUGGGGAUGUAAAAUGUUAAAUGGUUAACGAUUAGCAGUAGUCUUACCGUUAAUAAAUUCCAGUUAACGUUUAAAACAGAUUGGAAUAGCCAACGUGCACAUCAAAGAUGGCACAGCAAUACCCAGGGGAUGCGGGAGCUUGCAGAACUUUCGCAGCUCAGGGUGCGGCUGGAUCAGCCUGUGCCCGCCAGAGAGGGCACCACUGGGGGCAGCCCGGCAGCCCCCCCCAGCUCUACUUCUCUUGCAGCUGGCUGCAGUGGUGGGUCUGCCUGGAAACACAGAUCUGCAGAAACACUUGGAUCUGCCCUGGCACGGCUGCUCUCCCAGCAGUGAUCUGCCGAACUAGCUGGUGCCUAGAAACUGGGAGAGCGAGGGGUGGCAGCGCCCAGCCAUGCACAUGCAAAUGAUCCCCCAGGCCACUGCACUCCACCUCCGAGGAGAGACAGCAGCGUGAGUCCCCCCACGCCAGGGGUAGAUUGUGAACUGGUGAAUGAUUAAACGGUUAACAAUAUAAUUGUAAUAGUUUAAACAGGUACUUCCUUAAACCAGUUACAUCCCUAACAGCAGUACCUGUGAAUCCUGUGUAAUCUUAUGUUCCGUGUGCAGGGUGUUUGGAGCAAUAAAAAUAGCGUAUGACA